AUGUGCCUAGAGGAGAGUAGACUGGCAUUCGUAGUGUACAUGCUCACGAGUGAGGCUGAGCACUGGUGGGUCAGCAUGAAGUCCAUUAUGGAGGAGAGGCAGGAGCCAGUUACUUGGGAUGUCUUCAAGAGGAAGUUCCUCUCCGAGUACUUCUCUAACAGCGUCAAAUAUGCUAAGGAGGUAGAAUUUUUGCAGUUGAACCAAGGAAGCAAGUUUGUGACUGAGUGUGUAGAAAAGUUCAAGCACCUCAGUCGUUUCUACACCAUGCCACUAGAUGAAGAGUGGCGAUGUAGGAAGUUCGAGAACAACCUCUGUGGAGACCUCCGUUUGAUGGUGGCCCCGCUAUCCAUCAAGGAUUUUUCCGCCUUGGUGGAGAAGACAAGGGUCAUGGAGAAGAUGAAGGUAGAGGUGGAAACUCAGCACCCAUCCCAGCAGAGAGUGGGAGGACCAUCUGGGUCCAAGCAUAGGCACGAGGAAAGGAGGAAGCCCUACUCUAGGCCCCAUUACCAGUCUCAAGGGUCUAGGGAGUCUCCUUUCCAGCAGAACAUAAUUCAGUGCUACCAGUGUGGGGGACCGCACAAGAGGAAUGUCUGCCCCCAGCUUGCAGGCUUCAAGAAGUGCAACAACUGUGGCAAGGAAGGCCACUAUGGGAGGGACUGCCCCACCCUUGCUAGAGCAGUGACGCGACCUCUAGUACAUGCUCCUACGCAGAACCAGUAA